AUGUCUCACUCCGAUCAACAACUUGAUGCCCCCGCCCAGUCCUUUCAUGCAACCAAUUUUACCUUGCCUGAAUUCUGGCAACACGCUCCAGAACUUUACUUCAUCGGCAUAGAAUCAUCCUUUUAUUCUGCCAACGUUACCAAGGAGCUAGCAAAAUACCACAAACUUGUGGAGGUUCUCCCUGCCAAUAUUAUCUCACAAGUUCAACCCUUGCUAGUGAAACCCCCUGCAGACGCUCCCUAUUCUGCUCUGAAGGCGGAAAUCCAUCGUCUCAAUGCUGUAUCUGACCGACAACGCUACCACCAGUUGAUCAAGGAGGAAUCACUGGGCAACCGAAAGCCCUCAGAACUUCUCCGACGAAUGCGUACUCUCUUAGGAGGCAUGCAGGUCGACGAGAAACUCGUUAAAGAGAUGUUUCUAGAGCGGCUGCCUGCAGAUGUCCAAACGAUUUUGGCAUCCGGCUCGCAAGACCUUACACUAUCACAUCUUGCUGAAAUGGCAGACCGAAUGAUAGAGGCUCAACAAUUCCAGCCACCUUCCGUUGCUCAGAUUUCCACAUCCUCUUCAACGGUUAACGAGCAGUUACUGCAACAGAUGUCGACUAUGGCGAAUGAGAUAGCCUACCUAAAACUACAACUUGCUCUCUGGUCCCAAGGGUCCCCUUGAGUUACGUGGCCACGCGCUGACUGCAUUUGAGAGAAUAAAGACCUCCCUUGCUGAUGCUACCUUGCUCACUCAUCCUGCUCCAGAAGCCCCAUUGUCCCUGAUGGUUGAUGCUUCGACCGUUGCCGUAGGAGCAGUCCUCCAACAGCAUAUCAACAACUCGACACGACCGUUGGCAUUCUUCUCCAAGAAGCUUUCACCUGCCGAGACGAGAUAUAGUACGUUUGGCCGUGAACUUCUUGCCAUUUAGCUAGCCGUAAAACAUUUCCGACACUUCCUUGAGGGUCGUGACUUCACCAUUUUCACAGACCACAAACCACUUACAUUUGCCAUCCGAUCCCAUUCUGACAAAUAUAGCCCGAGAGAGAUUUCUCAUUUGGAUUACAUCUCGCAAUUCACCACCGACAUCCGCCACAUUGAUGGCCCGAAGAAUGAGGUGGCUGAUAUGCUGUCCAGACCCUCACUGUCUUCCCUCCAACUCUCUCACGGGAUCGAUCGUUGUGCCAUGGCGGCUGAGCAGCAGCGAGUCGGUUGUCCUGGCGACGAGUCUGUUAGUGGUCUCCAACUCAAAGACGUUCCUCUGACCACCGGCUCUGGUACCAUACUUUGUGACGUCUCAACUCCCUUUCAUCGCCCUUUUGUGUCCGCCUCGAUGCGUCGAGCUGUAUUUCAAACUCUGCAUGGACUCUCCCACCCUGGGAUCCGAGCCUCUCAAAAGCUCCUCGCGGAAAGGUUUGUCUGGCCUGGCAUGAACAAGGACGUCAAAGCUUAGGCCCGGUCGUGUCUGAGCUGCCAGCGCAACAAGGUGCAGCGUCACAACAAGUGCUCACCAGACACUUUCCCCAGUCCCGACGCACGGUUCAGCCAUGUGCAUCUGGAUGUCGUAGGCCCCUUGCCUCCAUCCAAUGGUUUCACCUACCUCCUUACCUGUGUCGAUCGAUAUACUCGCUGGGCUGAAGCUAUUCCUUUGCCGAAUGUUCAGGCUGAAACCAUCGUGAAGGCCUUCGUCAGUUGUUGGGUCGCCAUGUUCGGUGCCCCAUCCACGGUUACGACUGAUCGUGGUGCCCAGUUUGAGUCGGCACUCUUCCAAACGCUACUCAAUUUUCUUGGCUGCACACGCAUUCGGACGACAGCCUACCACCCAGCUGCCAACGGUAUGGUUGAACGUUUCCAUCGCCAGCUAAAGACCGCCCUGCGUGCCGUAGAAGACCCAGGAAACUGGUCGGACAACCUUCCUCUUGCACUCCUCGGCAUCCGCGCAGCUCUGAAGUCGGAUCUGGGCUGUAGCGCAGCUGAACUGGUUUUCGGUACUACCCUCCGACUGCCAGGCGAGAUGAUCACCCCAACCUCUCGUGGAGCCGACGAGACUCCUGACAAUCUUGUGCACCGUUUGCGGCAAUUUAUGCGCUCGCUUUCCCCUGUUCCACCUCGAGCUCCAAUGACUGAGUCUUAUGUCGAAAAAGAAUUGGACAAGUGUACUCAUGUGUUCGUCCGGUGUGACCGUGUGCGCCAGCCGCUGGAAUCACCUUACGAAGGACCGUUCCGCGUGCUCGCGCGCAACGCCAAAACCUUCCGGAUUCUUCGCAGUGACAAGGAGGACGUGGUCAGUGUCGAUCGGGUCAAGGCUGCUGUUGCAGAGGAGCCGCCGGACCGGUCACAAGGUCAAACAUGUGCUGACCCCCUAACCCCUGUUCCUCCAUCUUCCCUAUCCCCUACUCGUUCACCCUGCCCACUGCCUUGCCCUUCCCCUCCCUUGCCCUCCACCCCUCCGUCCCGCAUACUUCCUCUCCCUACAUGUCAACAACAUCCAACUGCAACACCAUCGUCCACCACAGCACGCAGUCAACCCUCUUCGACUAUACCUCCUGCAUACAUAACUCGCAGUGGUCGUCACGUUCAUUUUCCCGAUCGUUUAGUUACCCAUUUUUUUCUAGACUUGUGCAUAUCCUCCGGCGCCGUAUCCCGUCGCCCUCCGGUCUAG